ACAAAGUUAAAAGUCACACAACACCAGGUUAUAGUCCAACAGGUUUAAUUGGAAGCACUAGCUCCGAAACUUUUAACUUUGUACACCCCAGUCCAACACCGGCAUCUCCAUAGCACGAAAAAGUACAAUUUAAAGUCUUAAGAAAAUGAAACAUGAGAGCACGCAGCCCUGAAUAUAAGGCAAGCUGACCAAAGAUUAGUGAUGAUUUUGGACGGGGAAGGGAACAAUGUAAGGAGACUGGCAGACGACCACACAGUGAGCUCACCAAUCAACUCUAUUGUCCACAUGCCUGGAAAGUUUGGCAGAAGUCCUUCCUUUGCCUUCCAGCCACAGAGGUUUGGCCGCGAAGCUCAAGCCUUCUCAGACUACAGCACUGAAGGUCGGAUACGUUCCAGAGGCUGGGAUGUCAUCCCGCCUCAGUUCUGGAACAUGGCAGUCCCACAGCGUUUCGGAAAGAAGAAAUAACAGCUCCUGAAAGGAGGCAAACAGUGGCAUUCCCCCGAAAAACAUCCCCACCUCAAUCACGGCCAGAUGUUUAAGACCCGACAACAGAGCGAGGCUUUUUGUCACAUUGGUCCUUUAACCCAAGUACAAAAUAUUUUAGUCCAUCAAACAUCU